AACGUCGGCACGACUGUUACAUGACUGUGUCGUACAGAGCGCGUCGGUGACAUUAUGUCACUGAUACGCGUAGAGGCCAGUGUCAGAGGUGUGUUUAUACGCAUGUGUGUCGUACAUGUCGUACAUGCUCGACAGAAGGAAAACAAGAGAAAAGAUCUUGUCAGCUGUCCAAAGGUGCGAAACGCGUUGAUAGCUCGGCGAUACCGCGACCCUGCAAAAAACUACCUAUUAAUAACCUCGCGUUCUCAAGUUCUCGCACUCUGAUGUAUGCAGCCUUGAGCCACUUUAGGAUUCGCGCAAUCCGCCGGUCAUUUUAUUCGCAGCAGUUGAGUUUCACGGAUGCUGAAUAUUCCUUCGUGAAAACCAUUCUGCGGCAAUGACAUCGAGUGCGAAAAACUGCCUCUUUAUCGCGAGUGAAUUCAACCGAAUAAUCGAGGUUAACCGCGUCAUCGUCAAUCCGUGUAGCAGACGAUACAGCCAGCUGUCAAAUUCAUGGAGCAGCUGGAGAGGGGGAAACUCAUUGCCGCCGCUUUCGCCGAUGAGUUCCCGUCCAACCACGCCACGUAGUUCUGCCCUCGCCGUUCCGGUUGGAAUUUUAUUCCCUCGCUUGUCAACGCUAAUAACAACUGCGCCGACAGCAACAACAACAACAAGAAAAACGAGGAUAAAUGCAGGCUGUCACGCUCCGAUUGCCAACGUAAAUGCAAAGAGACUUCAUUCAACAAAAGCGUCAAAAAUAAUGGGAGUCUUCAGAUUUUCCGACUACGAUUGCGUCGGCUUCGACCUGGACAACACCCUCCUUCGCUACAAUGUCACCAAUAUGGUUACCCUUGAGUACGAGUGCUUGUCAAAAUUUCUCGUCGAAAAACGUGGCUACGAUCCAAAGUAUCUGUACAAACCGCUCGCUCUCCAAGAUUACGACUUCAUGCAGAAGGGCCUGGUCCUCGACUUUGCCAGGGGAAACGUGCUCCGCUUUUCACCCACUGGAACCAUUCUACGCGCAAGUCACGGGACAAAAAUACUCUCCGAAGAAGAGCUAGACGCUGUAUACCCCGAUCGGCGGUGGAAUGUCACCGACGCUUUCACCUCUGACCUCCUUGUCACCUGGAAUGGCCCGCUGUCGGAACAGAUGCGAACGCUUUUGGACUACUUUGACAUGCCAGCUUCCCUUGUAUUCGCUAAGACCAUCGACACAAUAGAUGAAAAUAACGGCGGAAAUAGUCCUCCCGGCGAAUAUACUGUGUGGCCCGACGUCCUUGACGGAUUGAUCGACAUGUUCGAUCGAGAAAAUUUUGCCAAGGAUGACGGAAGAUAUUUUCCUUCCCUGAAGGGAAACCCAGAUAAAUAUCUUCAUAGAUCCAGUCCGAAACUUAUUUCGUGGCUAAAGGAUCUCAAGCAGACCAGAGUGACGUAUCUUAUUACUGGCUCGAAUGCUGACUUUGCCGAAUUUACUGCCUCUUAUGCUCUGGGAAAGGACUGGAAUUCAUUAUUCGAUAUUGUCGUCUGUUACGCUAAGAAGCCGGGCUUCUUCACUGGUUCUCGUCCGUUCCUCAAGCUGGAUGGUUACUUGGAAGGCGAAAUUGCGACCGCAUCCGAAUUGAAGAGGGGGAGUAUAUAUAGUCAAGGAAACUGGAAGGAUCUGAAAGAAUUUUUCGUCAGCCUAACGGGAAAGACUUCACCUUCUUGUCUCUACGUCGGAGACAACCUGAUACAAGAUAUCUACACACCGAAAUGUCACGCGCUUUGCGAUACGGUUGCAGUUGUUGAGGAACAGCUUGCAGAAGGGAUGCAGGAUCACAGUUUGUCUCAUUCUGACGAACAGAUUUUAAACUCUAAAGUUUGGGGGUCGUACUUUCGCAUAGAGAGCAAGAACAAGGUUUCACCUUCGCUCUGGAGUCAUGUGAUAAAUAAUUACUCUAAGAUAUGUGUACCAUCGGUUGAAUUUAUCGUUAAUAAUUCUCUAGACACUCCAAUGAAGAGCUUCGGUCUUGAAGUGGACAGAAAACUAAGCGGGUAUUAUCCUGGAAAGCCAAAGAGCGUUGUUACGCUUUGAUGACCUUGACGUUAUAAGCAAUCUGUGGCAGCUUAUAUUUUUACGGAGAUUGUGUUGUUUUUUUCUUCUUUUUAAAGCUUUUAUUCAAUUUACACAAACAAUAAUAAAUAUUCGAAUUUACACUAAAAUAUGGCCCGGAAACAAUUGUUGCUGGUUUAAAAAAAAUAUCACUGCCAGACUGAUGAACAGCAUUAAAGAAUCAAGAUUUCAAAACUGUGACAACUGAUGCUCAAUGAAUUGGAAUUAUUUGAAAUUUUUCUUUUCUAAUAAAACAACCUAAAAAACAUUAAUAAUAAUAAUUAUGAAGAAACACUGCGCAUAAUUUUAACAAUAGCUUACAUAUAAAUUAUAUGAGACCUACAACUUACGUACUAAUGUAUAGAAAUAAAUGAAUAAAAAUAAGUCAGUUUAAGCAAGUUGAAGAUCGUGGUUGUGUAAUGCAACACUUGUACAUAAAUAAAAUAUUUAUUUAUAUAGUGA